AUGGCCAACAAAGAAUACACCGAAGAGGAGCUCAAUUAUUUUCGUGUUUGUUAUAUCACCACCCACAUCAUCAGGGAAGGUCUGAAAGAACUGUUUAAAAGCGAAUGGGACCGACACCACAGUCCCAGGUUUGGUUUAUGGCAAGAUACUGCAAGAAAUGGGCAGGAUUUCUUUAGAAUGGAAUCAGAAAAGAGUCGUUCAAAAAAUUCGAGACUCUUGUCUAUCAUUCAAAAUGGAAACACAGAAGAAUGGGAUUGUACAUGUUUUUUCUUUGCAAUUCUCUAUUCUAACACCCUGGGGUCUGUAAUAAGCCCCACAAUCGCUAAAGAUGUAGACGAUUUGCGAAUGUUCCGUAAUGAAGUAUUUGCACAUCGUUCUAAAGCUUGUUUUCCUGAAGCAGAGUUUCAGAGAUGUGUAUCCAAAGUGUCAAAUGCACUCGCGUCUCUUCAUCUUACGACUGUAGAGCUGCAGAGAAUAAUCAACCAAAGAAGUUUCCCUACUGAGGAACUUCAGAAGCUUCAAGAGCAGGUUACGGUCUUGGAGGAUGAGAUACAAGGUAAACCUAAAUCUUUCGAGAUUCUUCCACAGGCGCCUUCUCAUGCGGUUGUCGAAAGGAAAGUGGAAGUUGAAAACAUCUUGCAGAAAUUCAGAGAUCUCGAGAAGAUCAAUGAAGCUGAUUCUAUCGUUACAAUUUAUAUCUCUGGUAAUCCAGGAUGUGGCAAAAGUCAAGUUGCUCGACAAGUUGGAAGACAGUUCUUUGCAAGAGAAGCCGCUAAGAAUGACCAUGAUAGUUGUGCGCUUGUAAUGACCUUGAAUGCUGAAAGUGAACAGUCCGUGCUAGAUUCUUACUACACGUUUGCCCGCAAAGUAGGUGUCACCGAAUAUUCCCUUAACAGUAUCACAGGAGGGGACUCAGUUUUGUUGCCCUAUGAAAAGAUCUCUCAUCUUAAAACUCUUGUUUCCUCCAAAAUGGAAAACUAUUGCAGUUGGUUACUUGUAUAUGACAAUGUCAAUAAACUGAGCAGCAUUAGAGAUUACUUGCCUAAUGAACAUUGGGGAGGUUGUGGACAUGUUCUUGUAACUACCCAGGACGGUAUUCACAUACCAGAAGCUGAUCCUCUUUGUGCAAGUGUUUCUCUUAGUAAGGGAAUGCAGUCUGAAGAUGCCAGGAUUCUACUUCGAAAGAUUUGCGGGUUUUCAAGUGAUAGUGAAGAUGAGUCCUUGGUCCUUAACGCUUUGGACUAUCAGCCUUUGGCCAUUGCUUGUGCUGCAGUUUAUAUUCAGUUCAUUGGAGUGAGCCAGAGGACAAGCUCUAGCGACACUUGGAAAAAAUACCUGAAGAAAUUGGAAACACUAGAAAAGCGAGCUCUUACAGAGAGAGCUUACGAACAGACAAACAGGUCAUAUCAAUCUUCAAUGACUGCUUCUGUCACGUUGGCAUUGGAAAAAAUGGUUCAGGAGCCAACUUUUGAACAUGUGAUUCCAUUUCUCGCCUUGGGUGCCUCAACACCGGUAAAUGUUGAUUUAAUUGUUCAUUAUCUUGCAAAGCAAGAUCCAGAUUGCGAUGAAGACUUUGCGACUAGUGAAAUCGUGAAAUGCGCUCUACUUCUGCGACAUUCGCCAGAUGACGGUUUAGACAUACAUGUACAAGUGAAGAUGCACCAAGUUGUUCGUGAGGUAUUUAAGAGGUACCUUCUUGAUAAGUAUAGCAAGGAGCAGAUUGCAGGAUUCAUUCUACUUUACAUUGAAACACUGUCAACCUCUGUCCAACAUGACCCAUUUCAUUUUGACCUGAACUUCCAUAUGACCUCAAAAAUGAUGGCACCUCAUGUGAAAUCACUCUCUGAUUGGCUCACAGGCCGUUGGAACCUAGUCUUGGCAAACACCAGGGAAAAGGGUGCACUGCAAAGAACUCUUUUCAACUUUGGGGACAUUUGUAGGAAACAUGCUUUCCUGUUUGAGGCUAGGGAUUACUUCGAUUAUGCCUUACAAAUUGCUAAAGAUGACUAUGAUUGCGAAGAUCAUAACAAAAUCAGUUUUACUGCCACUAUAUUAAACAACCUAGGUCUGAUUUUUCAGGAAACUGACCAGUUUAAAAUGGCUGAACUGUAUUACACCCGUGCUCUAGAAAUUCUUAGGGCACUACACCCACCAAACACAAGUCUGCCAGAAAUUGCAGACUCACUGAACAAAUUGGGAACACUCUUCUUCAUUUGUUUGCUUAGGAAGAUACAAUACGGUCUCCGGCCGUCUAAAUUAGUUACACGUUACUGCAAUGACAACUCCUGUAUGGAAAAAGCAAAAGAUUACUUUCAGCAAUCCCUUGACAUGAGGAAACAGCUCUAUGGUCUUGAGCAUCCUGAAGUUGCAUCUUCACUUUCUAAUGUUGGUUCUAUCCACAGUAUGAUGGGUGAUCUAGAAACUGCAAAAGACUCUUUCCAACGGUCACAUGCUCUUAGAAAAAAAAUAUAUGGUGAAAAACACCCAUGUGUUGCAGAUUCUUUGAACAACAUUGGAAUCUUGAACAGCGAAAUGGACCUUACCGUGGAGGCAGUUCAGUACCACGAGAAGGCAUUGGAAAUGAGGAAGGAACUUUUCUUUCAUGAUCAUACUGUGAUAGCCGAUUCAUAUAAUAACCUUGCACUUGCUUACCAAUACAAUGGUCAACUUGAGCAAGCAAAGGAAUGCUUUGAAGAGGCAUUGCGUAUCAGGGAAAAAAUCUCAGGGAAAGAGCAUACAUCGGUAGCAGCAGUGUUGAUUAAUUUCAGUGAGCUUUGGUUGCAGUUGGGUGAAGUGAAGGAGGGUGAAGACCUCUGUGAUCGUGCUCAGAAGAUUCUGGGCCAAUUUAUUUUCAAAGAACACAGAUUGCUUUGCAGUGGAUUUAUUCCAAAUGGUGAACCAAGUGAACACUUUAAGUCUUGCAUGAAAAAGCUCGCUCGUUAUGUACAGGCCGUUGCACAAGCAGGACACCGCACUGUUCUUGACGACCCGCUUCCUCCUGAAAGAUUUCCCAUAAAAUGCAAAGUACCUGCUUCUACUUUCAGUGACUGGAUUGCCUACUUGAGAUGUCAACUUUUAUGA